UGUUAGCUUAAUGCUACACUGGGGAUCAGAGGGAAACAUGUUGCUGCCUAUAGUGUCUGCUUCUUUACCCGAAGAAACGGAAAUAAAUGAGAAACACGAAGACAUUUUAGGAAGGAGAGCAGAGCUGCUGCAGCAGAUGAAGAGCUGCAGAGAACAGCUGAAGAUCCAGAGGAAGCAGCAGGUGAAAGAAUCGGAGGCCGCUUGCCACAGGAACGCCACGCUGCUGCAGGAUUUACAGAAGAUAGAGGAUCGUCUCGGAGGAAGACAGCUGCCAAGCCCAAGUCUCCUGGCUCUGGAGACAAGAUAUUGGGCGUCUGUGGAAGAGUCUAUCCCAGCCUGGGAGCACUUCCUUCUGGGUAAAGGUCCUCACCCUGCUCCUUAUCCAGAGCAGCCUCCCAGAAGAGCCAAACAGAGACGCAGCAACGCUAAAGACCAGGGCCUGCCUCCUCUCCCAAAACCCAGGACUGCUCGAUAGGCUGUGACGUGUGAGGAUUGAGAAGAGGACACGUGUAGAUCAGGGUGACACUCUUGUGGAUCUCUGCAAGAUGCAAAUGCUGAUGGGUGAAGUGCUGUCGGAGGUGCAGGGCUGCAGAGGGGAGCUGGAAAUACACAUCCACAGCCUGGAGAUGCACAUGGAGAAGCUGCGGGAACCUGAUGCCGCACCUGUCCUGCUCCCUGUCCAGAACUCCUCCAUCUGCUCAUGGAGAGGAAGUGAAGAUCUAAGACAGCAAGUGUAAGUGUGGACAGGUGUAGAGAGACUGAGGAAAGAGAUGAAGAAAAUUGCUUCUGGAAGGGUUAUCCACAUAAAAUACAGGUACACUGAUCACUGGACAUUUGUCGUAACAGAAAGGUUAAGGUUGUAUAAAAUCAUGUAAAUUGUACUAGGAAAAAUAAGUAUAACCUUUUACUGUUGAAAAACUAAAAUAAAUGUGGAAGAAAGUUAAUAAUAUCUCUUAUAAAGGCUGUUUGCAUUGUUCGUCAAGUGACUGUGAAUAUUUAUAUAACAAGAGCUGUAAUGAUUGUUACCAAUAACUUAAGGAUUCUUUUUUUUUUUUUUACCUUGACCCUUAAAGAACUAUUAUCACUGUUAUCACCAUGUCAGUGACUAGCUUUAUCUGUAAACUGCACUUUUCUGAUGAUAUAAUAAAAGUUGUAGAAUUUUAAAUGUAGUUUCAAAUAGCAAUUCUUGCAGAAUUGUGAAAAUAACGUGGUACUUUCCAAGUAAAAUGUCGACUGCCUUUGAA